AUCUAUUUAUUUAUUAUCAGCCUUGAGACAACAUAAAUGUAUUUUGAUAUGGUGAUAUCCGUUAUGUUGUCUGAGUCUGACCAAUUUUAUGCCUAUUUAGUUUAACUUUACCACUCUUGGUGGUGGUUGGAUUGGAUGGCAAGUUUUCGUCAAAAAAUUUUCUUCCGGAGUAUUUUUUUUUAAAGAAAAAUAAAGUAAAAUGGUCACCGAGAAGUCGGAACUUGUCGAACACGGCGAAGACAUAAAGAACAAAAGAGUGGCUCAGUAUCUCAGCGUUUUGUGCGUUUAUCUCGUGAUCAUUGUGUGCAUUCAGAUGGGAAUAAUUUUCAGCAUGAAUGGACGAUUGCACAAAAUUAGGGGAGAUAUUGAAAUUGGUGCAAAUUGUAAUUUACUACGAGGAGGAGGAGAAGAAGAGCUUCAUAAGAUUGAUAAGCGUGCAUCAUCUCGCUACGACGGGUGGCAAUGGAAUGGAGAGGGGUCUGGCGAAGGACAAUAUUGUCCUCAAGGGUGCUUGAGACGUCGGAGGAGAAAGGGGCCUUCCGUGGAAUUCACUUCCAACAGCGUCACUGAAAGGAAUGUGUGGAGCUGGAAUUAUGAUGGUGCACGUGGUUCUCCAGGACAAGCAGGGGCUCACGGUCAAGCGGGGGCUCAAGGCCAAGCAGGGAGUCAAGGUCAAGCAGGAAGUCCGGGAGCGAGGGGUCCUCCAGGACAAGCGGGACAAGCAGGAUAUCCAGGCAGUCCAGGAGAAAGAGGUUCCCCCGGGGAAGUUGGAGGUAGAGGAAGUCCGGGAGAGAGAGGUUCUCCAGGGGAAAGUGGAAAUCGAGGAAGUCCGGGGGAAAGAGGGUCGCCUGGAGGAAUUGGAGCUCGAGGAUCUCAAGGUGUCCAAGGACCAUCAGGCCAACGUGGAAGUCAUGGUGCUGGAUAUCCCUACAAUUACAAUAGUCAUAAUCACUACGACCUCAGAAGUGGGUCGUCACGGGGAGAUCAAAUACCCAAAAGUCCCACUGAAUACCUCCCAACAACUCCGCCACAAAAUCAGACAGGGGUUAGCGAGUUGCUUCGUGAAUUUCGACUGUAUGCACAUCCUCAGUGCAAAGACGACGUGAAUCACAAAGCAAUGAUGGACACGCUGAAAGACACUGGCACAGUAUCAUUUAUGAUUAUGGUAGAUCUGCAAGAUAACAAAUACUGCAUUGUACAUGCGUAAAAUAGAUAUGUAAUUGACCAACAAUUUGUAAUUUUUUUGACUUAGUCGCAUGUUAAUUAAUAACAUAUUUAUUAGAUAAUAAAGUUGAGAAUUUGAUAUACUGUGA